AUGUCUUCACCAACUCCCCGACAGAAAGUGGUGAUCGUGGGUGCUGGUCCCGUGGGCGCAUUGGCGGCGCUGUAUGCUGCAUCUCGUGGCGACGAAGUGGAAGUAUACGAAUUGCGCGGAGAUCUCCGUGAUCCCACCACGGUGCCGCUCAAUUUUACAAAGUCGAUCAACUUGGCCCUGUCAGAGCGCGGCAUCACCGCAAUCCGACAAUCGGAGCGCUCAGAGCUCAUUCAAAAUGUGUUGCAAGGGACGAUUCCCAUGUACGGGCGAAUGAUCCACGGCCGGGACCGAGGACAGCUCUGGGAAGCCGCACAAGCCUAUGAUGUGCAUGGUCGGGCGAUCAAUGCUGUAGAUCGCAGUACUCUCAACAAUGCCCUGCUGGAUGAGUUAGAGCGCGAACCAAAUGUCAAGCUCUUCUUCAAUCACAAGCUGACUGGAGCGGAUUUCCGAACGAAGAAGGCUUGGUUCGAGCGACGCAUUCCCGGUGAAACACCCCAGCCGGAUAAUUUGGGAGUAGCCGGUCGUGUCCCCGAGAUCGAAGUAUCCUUUGAUUUCCUCUUGGGCGCCGACGGCGCCCACUCGGCCGCUCGUUUCCACAUGAUGAAAUUUGCCCGUGUGGACUACCAGCAAGAAUACAUCGAUACCCUCUGGUGUGAAUUCCGGAUUCCCCCUUCGGAAAAAGGGGACUUCCGCAUCUCACCGAAUCACCUGCACAUCUGGCCGGGCCGCGAGUUCAUGUUUAUUGCGCUCCCGUCGGCAGACAAGUCUUUCACCUGUACAUUAUUCGCCCCCUCGAUCCACUACAAUGCCUUGGAAAACGCACCGCAAGAGCUCCAGGCGUUCUUCGACAAAUACUUCCCCGGGGUCUGCCCCGAGCUCAUUACGCCGGAGGCUUUGAGUGAGCAGUUCAACUUGAACCCGCAUCUCCCUUUGAUCAGCAUCAAAUGCAAGCCCCACCACUUCAGCUCAAGCGUGGCCAUCUUGGGUGACUCCGCACACGCCGUCCUUCCCUUCUACGGACAGGGUCUCAAUGCCGGACUCGAGGAUGUCCGAGUUCUCUUCGAGCAUCUCGAUAAGCACGGUGUCUAUGACAAGGACAUUGCUGUCUACGAUCGGAACGAGAGACGUCUGGCAGCCUUCCAGGCAUACACAGAUCAUCGCUGCGAGGACACAUACGCCAUCAACGAUCUAUCCCGUGAGAAUUACUUGGAAAUGCGCUGGGGCGUCAAGUCUCCCCUGUACAGACUCCGCAAGUCUAUCGAGGAGAGCCUCGACCGCCACUUUCCUUCCCUCGGCUGGAAGACACAGUAUGCCCGCGUCAGCUUCAGCAAUCAGCGCUACUCCGAGGUUAUCCGCGCCGUAGCCCGUCAAGGGGAACUACUCGGAAUCGGCUUGGCAGUCACCGUUAUUGCAAGCGUCGGCGCUAUCUCUUUGCUCAUGUGGAGACAACCGCGCUCGUUGUCUCCGACUCGCUUCUUUCGCGCAUCGCUGCGGUACCUAUCCAGCUUAUGGUAG